UUCCGUUUCCUAAUUUUGAUGAAGAAAAUGGCAUUCGAUUUACUGUACGACAUUCGAAUUACAAGAAAUGUUUAUUUUCAUUUUUGUUUCAAAAGAAGCUGGACUUUUUUUUAGUGGACAAUCGGUUCACUUCCUGUUAGGUUACCGAGAAAGUCAAGGAAAAUUGAAGGAAAAAGGAGCUUUGAAUCAAUUGCAUGGUGGUGCAAAAGAACUGCGUUAGUCAGCUUAGUUCGGUCAAGAGUAGUAUUUAUUUUUGUUGGUUUUGAAUGUUGAAAAUGGUGUUGUUUGAUAGAGGAUAAGUAAUUUUUCCAUGCGUCUAGUUUCUCAGUUUGAAGGUUACCCUUGAUAGAAUAUUUUCAAUAAAAUUCAGUGUAGUUAAAAUAUUAUUAAUGCAUUCAGGCAAUGCUAUUCUAAUUUUUUUUUUCUCAUCAUUUGAGUAGGUUACCCUUUCUCUUAUGUCAUUAUCUUCUUUGCCCUUAGUAGAUGUUAAAUUUCUGUACAAAAUCACUUAUCUCCUUUGCAAAAACCUCAAUCAAACAGCAUUUAGUUUGUCAGUAUUUAUCAUAGGGAUAUUGGAAUUACAUUUUUUUGGCAUUUAAUUUCAAUGGCAUUUCUAACAUUUUUCAUAGUGUGAUUUUAGUAUCUAAAUAUUUUAGUUGGAACAAUUCGAUUGCGUGAUUUUCCUUUUAUCAAAGCAUCACCUUAGCAUUCAUUUCUCUUACAUCAUCUCCUUAGUGUUGAGAUGGAUCUUGAAGUGAUCAAUUUAGCUCAGUUCUCAAGACAGCUUCAUAGAAGAAAUCUUGUGUUACCUGAUUUGUUUUUCCUUUAUUAUCUUCUUCAGUUACCAAAUACACAAUUGUUGCUUUUCAAGAAAUUUUGAUUUCUAGAUGAAGCGUAAUAGGUAGGCAGUGGCUAGUACAUUAAGGAAUUGCUGAUUUUUGCAGGAAGUGAAACAAAAAAAGGCUUAGAUUUUAAUACAAAACAUUGUUUGUGUUUGUGUGUUGUCAUGCACCUUGUCCGUGAGAAUCUAUUUAUCGGAAACAUUGGGGAUGCUGCUCAAGUUCUGCAAAAUGAUGGCGCAGAGAUCACACACAUUCUAUCAGUUUUGAGCUCCGCAUCAAUAUCAUUUUUCUCUGAAUGGCGAAGUGGUCUCACAAUCCCUACCAAGGAAAUUAAAAAGGUUUUUGUUGGAGGGUCUGGUGGUGCUGCAGCUUCUGGGGAUCAUGCAGAUGAUGCUUCUAAGAGUUCUUUGUCACCCCAGAAGCUGUUGUACUUGUUGGAAUAUGCAGGAAAGGAUUUAAAGCUGGUGAGAAUGGCAGUGCCGAUUAGAGAUAUGGAGAGUGAGAAUUUGUUGGAUUACCUUGAUUCAUGUAUUGAUUUCAUUGAUCAAAGCAGAAAAGAGGGAUCUGUUUUGGUGCAUUGCUUUGCUGGAGUGUCAAGAAGUGCGGCUAUUAUUACAGCUUAUUUGAUGAGAACUGAGCAACUAUCUCAAGAAGAUGCCCUUGAAUCUCUAAAACAAACCUGUGAGUUUGUUUGCCCCAAUGAUGGGUUUUUAGAGCAGUUGAAAAUGUUUGAAGAAAUGGGUCACAAGGUUGAUCACAGUAGCCCAAUAUACAAGCGAUUUCGCCUAAGAGUGUUGGGUGAUUGUUAUAACCGUGGAGAGAAAAUAGACAGUUCUAAAUUAGGUGCUGAUCCUGGCUUGCCCACUGAAAGUUCCUCUGUUAUAGAAGCACCUCCAAAAGAAGGAAUUAAUCGAACUGCAUACCGCUGCAAGAAAUGCCGAAGAGUUGUGGCAUUGCAGGAGAAUGUUGUUGAUCAUAUUCCAGGUGAGGGUGAGACGUCUUUUGAGUGGAAUAAACGGAGAAGUGGUAACCCUUUCAAUAAGUCUGUUCAAACUGAGUGUUCAUCAAUAUUUGUUGAGCCCUUGAGGUGGAUGACAGCAGUUGAGGAAGGUGCAAUAGAGGGUAAGUUGUCCUGUGCUCAUUGUGAAGCUCGGUUGGGUUAUUUCAAUUGGUCAGGCAUCCAAUGCAGUUGCGGAAGCUGGAUCACCCCUGCCUUUCAGCUGCACAAAAGCCGGGUGGACAUCAGCACUGUGUAGAGCUCAAGUGCUUGCUGGUCUUUCCAACAAGAAUUAUUGAAUUAUAAAAGAAAAAUGAGGUGUUAAAAGGUCCUCAUGUUGGUUUAUCUGCUACCUCUACAAGUUUGACAGAUUGUUUGAAAGCAGUCUUGCGUUAUGGUACACGGUUGGGUUUCAAUUGCAUUUUGGCAAUUCUUAGUUUUAGAUUAUGCUGUGGUGAGGUUUUCUAUACUUAAGAUUUUUCCUUUCCAGCGUGAAACAUCUUAAAACCGAUUUCAAUGAUAUAUUAUAUUAUCUUGAGCAAGGUUAA